GCAGAGAACGAGAUUACGGGACAGAGAAAAAUGGGCUUCCAAAUCCUGCACCAGACUGUAACCCCUGACUAUAACAAAAUUAUCAAUCUACCGGACUUCUCACUCCUCCCUAGACACCUCUCUCUGCUUAACAAAGUUCUCUCAUUUGUCGCCACUCCAACCUGGGACAA